CGUCCCUGAGCGCACACGGCGUAGAGGAGAGUACGGCGCACGAGUCUCGGGAAGGAAGAUAACGGUUUCUUUUUUUUGCCCCCUCUCCACUCCAACAACAAGAACAAACCAAACCUGAAUUUUAAGGGGGGUUUACAGAGUCUUCUCGUCUGAAGGAGGAGGGUAGCGAGGGAUUGGAGCUGCAAGUUUUUUUUCUUUUUUCCGUUUUUUUCUCCUUUUCCUAAAAGAGGAUUCUGUGUUCCGCGGUGGUUUGUUCUCCGUUCUCGCCGCAAAGAUGAUGGUCGGAGAGGUCGAAGUGAAGGAACGACCGAGGCCGAGUCCCGACUAUUUGAUGCAGUUACUAAAUGAGAAGAAGCUCAUGACCAGUUUGCCAAAUCUCUGCGGCAUCUUCACACACCUGGAAAGGCUUCUCGAUGAAGAGAUCAACAGAGUGCGUAAAGACAUGUACAGCGACACAGUGAAUGGCCUUGUGGACAGACACCCUCUGGAGCUGCCCGAGCCUAUGGGACCCAUCGUCCACCUGCAGGAAAAACUGUUCGUGCCUGUCAAAGAGUACCCUGACUAUAACUUUGUGGGGAGAAUCCUUGGUCCUCGGGGACUCACAGCCAAACAGUUAGAAGCAGAGACGGGAUGCAAAAUCAUGGUGCGAGGCAAAAGCUCCAUGAGAGACAAGAAGAAGGAGGAGCAGAACAGAGGGAAGCCAAACUGGGAACACCUAAACGAAGACCUUCAUGUCCUGAUCACAGUGGAGGACUCACAGGCCAGAGCGGAGAUCAAGAUGAAGAGAGCGGUGGAGGAGGUCAAGAAGCUCCUCGUACCUGCUGCGGAGGGGGAAGAUAAUUUGAAGAAGAUGCAGCUGAUGGAGCUAGCAAUUCUCAAUGGGACGUACAGAGACAACAACAUCAAAACACCCACCCUUGCAUUCUCUCUUGCAGCAGCGGCAGCAGCCGCUCAGGGCCCACGCCUAAUAGCGGCCCCCACGGGUCAGGUGUUGCCUCCCCCGGCACUCCGACCCCCAACACCAGCUGGGGCUCCCAUCAUGAAUCUCAUCCGGCCCACUCAGAUGGCUGCCAUGCUGCCCAACGGCACCCCCACCCUGGUGCCUCCCACACCGGAUGGCGGGCUCAUCUACACCACCCCUUACGAGUACCCUUACGCCCUGGCGCCCACCUCCCUGCUGGAGUACCCCAUCGAACACAGUGGGGUUCUAGGUAAGAGAGCCUGGGGAAGCAUGGGUGCGGCAGGUACAACGGCCAACUUUAGCCAGCCUGGACAGGAGGGCAGCUUGUUUUACCCCGGAGCAGGGGUGCUGGACGCAGCUUCCAUGAGCCACAGUCAGGACUUGUUGAAAGGGUUCAUAUAGGAGGACUGGGCUCAGAGUGAGAUGAGGCACACUGGCAGAAAGACGAUCACAUACACGCAGCCUGCUCUCUAACCCUUUCAUGCACUGGCCUGGAGGCAUAUUCAGUCUGGCGGCAGAUCCCCUUGGAUUUCUGCAGCUUUUGAAAUCAUUUCUCUGCGCUGUUCUCUGCAGGCAGGCCUUGAUGCCUGUAGAUAGUCCCUCUCUCACUCCCACUGGGGAUGUUCAUUAAAUUCCUCCAGUCUUCCCUUUUUUUCUCCUCCUUCCCAUCUCUCCAUUGUCUCAGCCUCACCCCUCUUGAACUGGAGCUCUGCGCUAAUACCUGACGUUCCUCUUAGUGUCUGUGUCAAGAGUACAGUUAACUAUGAGUGUAUUAAUCAUUCACUCUCAGCGGUGCUUUAAGCUCAACACAUCUGCUACCAAAGAGACAUCUGAACAUCUCAUGAUGAAAAAGUGACUUAUAUGAACCCCAUAUGUUGGACUGAGGCUCUGCUGAACAGAAACAAACCCUGUGUCCUGUGUUAAGACAGAAGAGGCUUUAAUUUGACACAGACUCCUCUAAAAUGUUCUGAGGCAUCAUCUGGCAGCAGCAGACGCAGUGUGAUUUUAGCUGACCUGUGUUUUAGUGGGAGCCUCUGGGAGUCAUGUGUAGAACAGACAGGGGCAGCUGACUGGCUUUUCUCUCUUUAACUUGCAGGGUUACACCAGCUUAGUGCAUUUUAUUUACUCACACUAUCGAUCGGUGCCUUCAGCAACACAGGGCCCUGUGGAACACACUCACUCUCAUACCCACACACACUCUGCGCUCGGCUUGGCUCGCCUGUGUGCAUUGCUGAAUCUAGCUGCUGAGGAUAAGGAAAUGUCAGGCCAUCUGCUACUUUUAAGUAGUGUAGGUGGCUGCGUCGUCAUAAGCCAAAACUUUCUCUAGAUUUGUCAAAGCCAAUACAGAAUCCCUACUUGUUUCACUUGUCCUCUCUUCUUCCAGAGGGGCUCGACUUAUUCUCAUUAAUUCAUUUCAUUUUUGUAAUACUUGAAAAUGCAGCCACAGGCAGAUGCCUGCGUCAUAUAUUCGAGGCAGAGUCAAGCGCCGCGGUGGGAAGAAAUCAGUUGUGACAAAUAAAGGAGCAAAAUGACAGGCUCUGCAGCCGGAGAACAGAUUGACCCGGAGAGAAAUUGUGAAGGAGGGAGAGAGAAAAUGAAAGAGAGAGGGAGAGGAAGAGGCAGGUGGUGUCUGGCACUAUUCAAUUACCAUCAGAGCUGUAUUGGAUUUCCCCCCUCCUUUCAAAAUAAAGAGACAAAUUUCUCUCAAUCCCCCUCUGGAUCCCAGAGGAAGAAUCACAUUAUUUCUCCAGACAGCCCAGGAGCCUUUACCCUUUACUUGCCCCCCUCCCUUUAUAAAGAGUCCUCCAUAUAACUCUGAGCACUGUGGAAUUUUAUUACUUAAGUUAUGCAUUUUUUAAAUAUCAAGUUAAACUCCAAAAAAGAUGUAUUAUUUGUUUUCUACUGCAUUUUUCUACACGUAAAAAAAGCUAUGUGUGAUGUGUGUAUAUGUAAUAUAAUCUGUAUUCUGUUGCUAUUCUGUGUAUUGUUGUAUAAUCCAAGUAUUAUAAUGAUAAUGGUUAAAAUGUGAAUGUUAUUACUGUAAAAGAUGACUGUUUUUCCCCUGCUCAAAGUGAAUGGUUUCUAACCUUGUGGACCUGUUACAAUCUAGGUGCAAUGGCUACUAAAGUGAGACGGCAUGACACGCGGGUCCAUCCUUACCAAAGGAUUGUGACCGCUGACAGAGGUCAGUUUAGUCUCCUAGCUACACUCUGCUAUUGACUGAUGAAUUUCUAUGAUUAUUAUGCCUCUUAUGCCUCGAUGCCUUAGUUGGGAAUUUGUAUACUGUCUGUAUUAUAUUUUUGUUUUCCUUCCCCCCACCACCUUUCCUCCCCCAUACAUCCACACACCAGCUAAAUGGUUGCUUGUGGUUGCACAUUUUGUUUACAUGUAGUACUUAGAACAUAUGCAGUAUAUAGACUGUGUAUAAGUCAAAGCUCAGGCAAAAGUGAUCUUAAACAGCCUUUGGUUCAUGCAGCUGUGAAGGCAGGACAGGUAGUACUUAGCAGGCAGUGUUGAAGGUGUAUAAUGACAUUCCUCUGAUGUGAGAUUAGAGCGUAAAAUGGGGCAGGCUUGUUCCCAUACAUGAUUUAUCUCCUCAGCUCAUAAGGAGUAAAAAAUGAGGGGGAAGCAUUUCUAUACUGUAACCAAGCAGAGGACGAGUAGCCACGCUGCUACCAGGCGCCAUUUCACCUUGAAAUUUAAAUUUAUUUUGCAUUUUAUUUUUCUAUGGAUGAUAGACACGCACAGACAUAAGCUGAGGUAGCUUGCAUUCUCUCCAGUGUUUUUUGCAAAUAGAUUGAAAAGAAGCUAAAAUACAUUUUUUUAAAUAUUUCAGUUGUACAUGAGGUACUGUCAUUUUAUAUUUGAGCAUUUUAUAUCAAAUGUAUUUAUGGUUCUUGUGUAUAUUUAUAUUCUAUAAAAAUAUACUGCUAAAUAAAGAGAAAGAAUCGGAAAGCAUCGAUUCAUCUUAUUCAUUGCACAUUACCACUAGUCACGAUUCCCCCUUACAUAACAUUAGUUAUCGUACAACUAAUCACACUGUCUGUAACUUGCACUCCAACUUGACAGACACUAAAACACUAGAUUUUUGUUUUUCUGGUUUUGUUUGUCUGUUCAGCCUGUCUUUGCUUCAGUUUUUUUGGUUAUGGGGGCAAUGUGCGCUUAAAUUAAACCACACAGCUACCUAUUUCAGGGUGGGGGCUUAGCAGUUCUAGGGAUCAUGGCGCUAAAUCGUCAUGAUUACAAAGUGAUUAGAGGAGUCCAUCUCACAUUGGCAUAAGGGGGGAUUAAGAGCAGAGGGGG